AUGUAUCGACAUCCCCAGAUCACGCCGUAUAAAAGCUUUUACGAGUUCGAGCAGCUGAAGAAGUGGUUCUACAGCGCGGAUCGGAAGUUGAGAGCCAGAGCAGUUCAAAAAGUAGCCGCUUACGCUACCAAAGGUAGUCUUCCUCAUUCUCUGGAGUCCACCUCGCUGCUUACCAGUUCGGCUCUGCUGGAUGAGCAAUUGAGCAGUAGUGGUGCCGACCCGAUGCCUAUCAGGCUGAGCUACGCGAUGUCUCUGAUUAAGUUCUGCAACGGUCUUUUGGACCCAAUCCAGAAGUCUACCUAUGCUAUGAGUCUUAACAAACUCGCAGAAAUACUGCAGCUUCCAACUUAUUUCGUGGAGAUCCGACACGCCGGGACUCAUGAAAUGCUUCCGUCGCUGGAAAUGCUCCGAUUUAGCGCCCAGAGUGCUCUAGAAUGGCUAGAGACCAAUUACUGGAACGAAAUCUGUGAAAGCACGUCUUCUGAGCCGCCUGACGAGAAGUCCGACCAGGAAGUGGAAGCGCUGACGGAGAGCUUCAAAACUCUGCGAAAAAUCCGCAGAGAAGACAUCCACAAGGUGUACAAAUUUGGAGACUCAACGGAGACGGGAACAAAAUACUGGAAAGCGAUGAAAGUGCUGAAGAGCGUCAAGGAAGACGUCCUAUUAAACUACAUGGUGCACCACAACUGUUUGGUGCUCAAAACGCCGCUCAAUGAGAAAAAAGUGAAUGGCAUCAGACUGCUGUACAGGCCAAUUCUGGAGGAGCUUGGCUAUGACGUGGUGCUGGGCCUGUUCCAGACAUUUCUAGCUGCUGACACCAAAGACGAGCUCUUUACAGUGCAGCGUACGCAGUGGUUGCAGUACUUUCUCUCAAACGGCCUUACAUUUAGCCAGAACUCCAUCUACAGCAAGUUCCUCAACACGCAUUCGGUAGGGGUGGUUCUCGCUUUGCUAACAAAGCAUCCAUUGGAAUCAACAGCAUCACUUCUUCAAACACUCAGCCAGCACAAACAGCUCUUGGAGCAAACAAAGCUUACAGCCAAAGUGAGCGAUCAAAUUAAAUUCAUGAGCAAAUUCUAUGUAUCGGACCUUUUGCCUCAACCAGCGCUGAAGAAACAAAAGUGCGAGUCGCUGUUCCUUUUCGAACAACAUGAACUCUGGGAGCCUAAGCCUUUUGGACAACCUUGA